AUAUGUUAUAUAAUUCGUUUUAAUUCAGUUAUUUUUGUUGAUAAACUAACAAGCUAAAAAACGCAAAAAAACAUUGGCUUUUUUUAAAAAAAAAAAUGACUGAAUCUACUUUUGACAAGGAGUUGUACCUAAAAAGUUUGAAUCUAACAGAUUACUUGGAUCAUAUUGACGCAAUACAACCUAAUAAAAGUUUGCUAUAUGACAUAGUAAAGAAGCACUCUCAAGUUAUUCCUUAUCAAAAUACUGGUGUUUAUUUAGCCACUUCAACAUUGGAUUUGUCAAUUAAAUCUUUACAGGAACGACUUUUAAUCAAAAAGUUAGGAGGAAUGUGCUACGAAACUUCAGAGCUCUUAUGGCACGCUUUAACUUCUUUUGGAUUUAAAGCAUAUCGAACCCCAGCAACCGUGUUGAAUAAUUUACCAUUUAAUGAAAACGCACCUCGUUCACAUAACAUAAUAAUAGUUUUUUAUGAAAAUAUUAAGUUUCUAGUAGAUGUUGGUUUUGGAUAUAACAGCAUUAAAGAACCACUUCCAUUUUCUUUUAUGAAAACGGAAGAAGUUUUAGUUCAAGGAGAAAAAUACGUAUUAACGUGUGAGGAUAGUUUUUACAUUUUGAGUAUGGAAAGACAAAAUGAAUUACUAACUUUUUAUCGGUUUAAUAAAACCGUUGACUCCAUUCCGCAAUUUAUUGAUACUGAUCAAACUGCAAACUUUUACGCUACCUUUAUAAAUUACCCAGGAUUAAUGAGAAUUAGAGACCGCUAUAUACUUUGUGGCAAAACAACAGAGUUUGGUAGAAUCGGAUUUAUCUAUGAUAAUGAAGAGAAAACCUUUAAAAAAUUAAUAUUUGAUAAAGACAAUGUAACAAAGGUAUUUUUAGAAAACAAAGAAGACUUUGAACAAAACAUUUACAAAGAAUUAAAUAUUUUCCCUGAUUUACAUAAGUUGAGCUAACUAUAACUUUAAAAAAUAGAAGCAUUUGAUCGUGUGUGUACACUCGGGGAUAGGUAGGCUGCAGAAGAGGUCCAUUUUGAACCCUAUUAAUGUGCAUAUUUUUAUUUUACUAGUAAAUAAAUACUGUAUUGUACGUUAAAAUAAUUUUAAGUUUGAAAAAUUUCA